AUGGGAUCUUUAACCGCUUACAUUUUUCAUGUCAGUCUCUCUAGUUCUUGCGACAAUCAGCUUGAUGUUGUCGUUUUCCCAAGACGUGCUCGUAAAUCCAAGGCUGGUGAUUCUACUCCAGAGGAGUUGGCAACAGCUACUCAAGUCCAAGGAUCUUACAUGCCAAUUGUACGGGAGAAGCCUACCGUGGAGCUCGUUAAGGUCACAGAAGAAAUGAAGUCAUUCAGGGCAUAUGACAAGCUACGUUUGGAACGAACUAACAAGCGCCAUGUUGGAGUAAGAGCCAAGAGGGCUGCUGAAGCUGAAAAGGAAGAGAAGAAAUAG